UCUUGUAGUCCCAUUUAUUUCCCUUUGUCUUUUGCUCCCCAUUCCUUCUCACUGAAAAUGCUCUUUGCCUCCCUUCAUCUUCCUCUACCUUUCUAUCAGUACUGUAUUUGCAACUCAUGACUCUCUCUCUAUAUAUGUAUAUCUAACCUGCAACUAGGGUUUCCUCUUUCUUUUGAAGUUCCCUCUCUAUAGCUGCAGCUUCCUUUUCCUUGGGACUCUCAGAGAAUAGUCGAUCUUGCAGGAGCUAGCUAGCGGCCUACACCUCGGAAAAAAGUGAAAGAAUAUGGCCUCUUCUAGCUACUCCAACGCUCCCUGUGCUGCCUGUAAAUUUUUGCGGAGAAAAUGCAUGCCAGAUUGCAUUUUUGCACCAUAUUUUCCGCCCGAAGAGCCACAGAAAUUUGCCAAUGUUCACAAGAUUUUUGGCGCAAGCAAUGUGAGUAAGCUCCUCAACGAAGUCCUUCCCCAUCAGAGAGAGGAUGCAGUCAACUCUCUGGCCUAUGAAGCCGAGGCACGCAUAAAAGACCCGGUCUAUGGCUGUGUUGGAGCCAUCUCAGUCCUCCAAAGGCAUGUCCUUCGGCUCCAGAAGGAAUUGGAAGCCACAAAUGCAGACCUGAUGCGGUAUGCCUGCAAUGAGAUGCCUACCUCGACACCCCAGUUUGGAAGGAGGAUGGGUACUCAUGAAGGAGGUUCUUUUGGUCAAAGUACUUCUGGUUCGUAUUAUUCUUCUCCAUGGAAUAAUGAUCCCAGUGAUCAGGAUAGCCAAGAUAGAGCAGGAGGAGAUCAUGGAAAUAUGUAAGCAGCUGGUUAUUGUAUUGAUCAUUCUUAUGUCUAUAUAUGACUACGUACGUACGUACAUUGAGACAUCUACUCAGUUUUACCAUCUGGAGAUUCUCAAUGAAUUGGAAAGGGGCCGGGGAGGUCCUAUCAUGCACGGUAUAACAUGGCAUAUGCUAUGUUGCGAAGACCCGGCCGCUGACUAGAUUACUAUGCGGUAUAAGGCAUAUGCACCGAAUAUUGCUAUAUAUGUAAUUUGCAAAUGAGUCAACUUAAAUUAUAUGCACCAUCAAGAUUGUAUAUAGGACGAGGUGGGAGUGUUUCUAUAUAUAUGUAAAUUAAGCUUCUAGAGAGAAAGAGAGAGAGAGAUCAGAGAGAGAGAGAGAGAGGGAGUUCCUAAGCUUGAUUAAUCAAUGUUAAUUCACUAUAUAUGUCCUUGGUGCAUUAAUAUUUGGGUAUGGUUUGGAGCAUGUACAUAUAUUGGAAGUUUCUGAUCUUUGAUAUCUUGUUGCCUAUAUUAAUUAAUAAGGGUAUGAAGACUUCGUUC